CUACUUUUCUUUUCCCGAAAGAUUUCCGCAAGAGCAAUGGCGAGGGGCAGCCGCCGGCGGGCGAGGGGUUGCCGUGAGCUUCUGAAGUGAAGCGCCAGGCGCAGGCCCCGGUUCAGAGCGGGAGGCCGCGCUGAUUCUCCUUCCCCGGCGCUCCGGCGCGGCACCUCGCGUGCACGUGUGGCAGAGGAGAGGGCCCGGCUCGCGGCGGCGCGCAGGAGAAACUUUUAGUUGAGCGUCGGUCACGCUUCGGUAUCAGCAUUUAGAAGCCGUCUGCUUUGCCUCAGCAUGUUUUCCGCCUCUCUCGUGCGAGCUAGGCGGUGCGGCGAGAAGCUGCAGGUGUCCCCAGGGAAGUGGCUGCUCGCACCCUCAGGAAGGGUGCUCCCGGGGCCCUGGCCGGGCCUGAGGUGGGGGCACCAGCCCCCCUGCAGGCAGCCCGCCCCGCGCCCCUUCCUGUUUUUACAGGGUGCAAAACAAAGUAUCUGGACACGAGCGGGGGGUCUGGGAGCAGGAAAAUCUGCCGGUAGUAGCAAACACGUAUCUGUGCAAAGGGAUCAGAAAGAAGAAACUCUUCUGUCAGCUGCUCAGAAAGUGAAAGAAGCUGGAAGAGACUUCACAUAUUUUAUAGUGGUUCUUGUUGGAAUUAGUGUUACAGGUGGUUUAUUUUAUGUGAUUUUUAAAGAGCUGUUCUCUUCUUCCAGUCCAAGUAAGAUCUAUGGAGAUGCUUUGGAGAAAUGCAGAUCUCACCCUGAGAUAAUUGCCGUUUUUGGUGAACCCAUUAAAGGUUAUGGCGAGACAACACGACGAGGAAGACGACAGCUUGUCAGUCAUGUGGAAUACAUAAAGGAUGGACUGAAACACAUGCGCUUAAAGUUCUAUAUUGAGGGUUCGGAACCAGGAAAGCGGGGAACAGUCCAUGUGGAGGUCAAAGAGAAUCCUGAGAGAGGAAGACUUGAGGUCCGCUACAUAUUUGUGGAUGUUGAGACCUUUCCCAGAAGAACCAUUAUCAUUGAAGACAACAGAUAGCCAAAGAUCAAAGUUGAAUGAAGUUACUGUCUCAUCUUUCUGAGUACCGAAUGCAUAGCCGGUGUACACAUGAACUGUGUGGCGUUCUCAAUUGUAUCUUGAAGCAUUGGGAUUGUGCUGCAGGAAGUACCCUCUCAGAGCCUCCACUAAGGUCUUUCCUAAUAACAAAUAUAGGACUUGAUGUGAAGGAAGUGAAAAAUAGAGCCAUCGCUUAUGGCAACUAAUUGUGACAUAGGAAAAUAAUGGCACGUAAGGGACUAUUUAAUGCUGGCUAAAAUGUCUACACACCCAAAAGCUAAGUCUUCCAAGGUUUGAGGUCUGGGGAGGUGUUUGUUUUCCUUUGCUUGGAUUUUCCACUAGCCCUGCAAUAAAGUAAGUGAUACUGAAA